UUCUACAGAUCAAAGUAACCCAUCAUAAUGUUGACUCUACUUCUAGUUUCUCUUGUUGCCUCUGUUUCGGCAUAUGGCAAAGGAGGUCCAUUAUUAGGAGGACUUGUUAGUGGUGGAGUUGUUUCUGGUGGUCCACUCAUUGGCGGCGGUGGAAUUAUUGGUGGGGCUGGUGGAAUUGUCAGUGGUAGUGGACUUCUGCUUAACAAUGGUGGAUUAGGAGGAUUAGGAGGAUUAGGUGGAUUAGGAGGAUUGGUUGGAGGAAUACAUACAGGACUUGUUGGUGGAGGUCAACCAUGGUGCACAUGCAGUUUGAAAUGUGCUCCAGGACAGAUCAAACUCAACAAGAACUGUAACUUGGCACCUCUCCUUCCUGGAGGUUUGAAUACUUGUUGUUCCUUGUUGCCAUGGUGGGUAACCAGCCAAAAUUACGGUGCUUCCCUUGGAGGCGCUGGUAUUAUUGGUGGUGGAGGUAUCAUCGGUGGUGGAGGUAUUAUCGGUGGUGUUAGUGGUCUUGUUGGAGGUGGUAGUGGACUUCUAGGUCCAAUCGGUGGUAUUGGAGGGCCAAUCGGUGGUAUUGGAGGGCCAUUCGGUGGUAUUGUUACUGGACCAGUCAGUGUAGUUAGUGGAGGCAGCAGCGUUGUCGGUGGAUCAACUGGUAACGGAUACUAUUAGAUAUUCUAAAAGGUAACACGAAGACGACCUGAUAUGAAAUGCUUUAGAACUGUACAUUUGUCAAAUAAACAUAUUCCUGACAAACUUA